AUGGGAAAGUCUUUUGACACCUACAAUUUUGGAUUGUUAGAGCUUGAAGAAGAUGACUUAGCGAAAGGAAUGAAAGAAAUCGAAGAAGAGCUCCAGAUUCCUAUUCAUCCCGAAGAAAUAAAUCCUGUCAAUUUACUUAAUAGUGAACAGAAAAUUGCUUACAGCAUAAUUUACAAUGCAGUCCUUGAUAAUAAGCCGACAACUUUCUUUGUUGACGGCCCUGGUGGUACAGGAAAGACUUUUUUAUAUUCUACAUUACUCGCUAAUGUAAGAGCAAAAGAAAUGAUUGCUUUAGCAGUUGCGAGCUCUGGUAUUGCUGCAUCUGGUCGGUCUGGAGGUAGAACUGCAAAUUCUCGAUUCAAAAUACCUUUAGAUGUUGAUGAGGUUCCAAGUCCAAGUAUUUCCAAACAAAGUGCUUUAGGAAAACUUAUUUGUCUUGCAAAACUUAUUAUAUGGGACGAAGCACCAAUGGCAAAGCGUCAAACAAUUGAGUACUUUGAUAGAUUGCUACAAGAUGACUGUUCAAACAAAUUGAAAUUCGGUGGAAAAGUUGUUGUUUUUGGCGGUGACUUCCGACAAGUGCUACCUGUUAUACCUAAAGGAAGUCUGAAUGAGGUUAUUGCAACGAGUUUUGUGAUGUCUCCUUUAUGGUACGCACUCCAGAAAAUCCAUCUAACUCAAAACAUGCGAGCAAUCGAUGACCCAACUUUUAGUAAUCUUGUCUUACAAAUUGGAAAUGGUGUGCCCCCUUAUAAAGAUGGGAAAAAUAUAGAGCUUCCUAAACCUUUAGUCAUACCAUAUGACAAUGAAGACUCAUCUCUGGAACUCUUAGCAAAAAGCAUCUACCCUAAUAUUUCGGAGACAACUUUUGAUUCUUCGACUGCAACAAAAAGAGCUAUUUUAACUCCAAAAAAUGAACAUGCUACAAAGAUAAAUUCUCUUUUAGUGCACCAACAGCCAGGAAGAGCUUAUGAGUACAAAAGUUUCGACAGCUGCAUAGAUAAUUCAUCCGAACAAUAUCCAUCUGAAUUUCUUAAUAGCCUAGCCCAUCCGGCCUUCCGCCUCAUCAUUUGA